AUGGCAUCAGACCCGCACCAAGGCGGCCGUCUUGAGGACAUGGCCGCAAAGGGCACUUCGAUUCCUGGUGACGCUGGAAAGAUGAACGUGGUCUCACCUUCUUCUCACCCAGAUCAGACCCAUACAAACAUCGCACACGCAGCGGAUAAUGCGUUCGACAUCCCACGCAGUGUCAACGACCGCGGACAGACAGGCGAGGUCAUGACCGGCACUGGUGACCAGUUGCCAUCAAGUGUGGAGAAGAAGAACCUAGACGACGCAAACUUUGACCCUAGAGCAAAGGGUCACGACCAAUAUGCGAAGCACGCCCGACAGGACAAUCCCAUGGAUAGCUUGAAGCAUGGUGCUGGCGACCAUAAUGUAGAGGCUGCACCGGGUGAAGAGGAAGAGAGCCAGGAUGCGCUUCUGAACAAGAGAGGCGCGCACAACUCUUUGACUUGCUAUUUGACACUGGCCCUCGACAUCUGGACACAUACUCUUAGCACGAUGGUGUACUAUUUCUCUUCCAACACUGUGUCCCCAUCUGCCUUCAUCUACGUGGGCAAGGACAAGGUUGAGAAUGAAGAGCUUAUCAAAUACGGUUGGGACGAGGAUGUCUGGUUUCACGCAGACAACCUAUCAUCAGCACAUAUCUACGUCCGAUUACCCGAGGGCGAAGAUUGGGAGAAGAUGACUAAAGAGCUGCUGGUGGACUGCGCCCAACUGACCAAGGCCAACAGUAUUGAGGGUAACAAGAAAGAUAACGUCACGAUUGUAUAUACGCCUUGGAGCAACUUGAAGAAGGAUGGCAGCAUGGCUGUGGGCCAGGUUGGGUUCAAGGAUCAGCGAAAGGUUAAGCGCAUACACGUGGAGCAGCGAGAGAAUCCUAUUGUCAACCGUCUUAAUAAGACCAAAGUUGAAAAAUUCCCCGAUCUGAGAGAAGAACGAGAAGCAAGGCGGGCUGAAUUGAGGAAACGAGACCAGGGUGCUCUGCAGGCCAAGCGUAAGGAGGAGGCCCGUAUAGCCAAGGAGCGCAAGGAGCUCGCAUGGCGGAGAGAUCAUGCCUACGACGAUGUCAUGACAGAGGAGAAUCUGGAGCAGAACACCAACGAGAACCGCGACGAAAACUUUCUCGAUGAUUUCAUGUAA